AGUCUUCUUCAAAUCAAAUAUUUGUUCUUGGCGGCGGCGGCGGCGAAAGACGGUCAUGGACGAUUCUAUCAGGGCAGUUGAGAAGAUUCUCAAUUACGAAUUCAAGGAUAAGAAGCUAAUAGAAGAUGCUCUCACUCACUCUUCUUACGCAUUUUCUGAUUCGUAUCAGCGCUUAGAGUUCCUCGGCGACGCCGCCAUUAGUCUCGCGAUGACCAACUUUUUAUUCACCAAAUAUCCUAAACUUGAUCAGGGUAAACUAUCUUUCAUCCGAUCUGCUAACAUUAGCACGGAGAAGCUUGCUCGUGUUUCUGUUCGACACGAACUCUAUCGUUAUGUUCGACAUAAUGAUGUAUCUAUCAAUGACAAGGUUAGGGAUUUUGUGUAUGCAGUAGAGGAAGAAGAGGGUUUUGUAGUUUAUGGUGGAUUGGUGAAGGCACCUAAGGUUUUGGCUGAUAUUGUUGAGUCUGUGGCGGCUGCAGUUUAUAUCGACUUGCAGUUUGAUUUGCUGGCCUUUUGGAUGGUCUUCAGAGACAUAAUGGAGCCAAUUUUCACAUAUGAUAUAAUCCAGAAUCAACCUCAACCUGUGAUGCAACUGUUAGAACUCUGUCAAAAAUAUGGAAAUCAAUUGGAAUUUAGGAACUCUAAAGAAAAUGGAAUGAUCAUUGUUAGUGUAUAUAUUGAUGAUGAUUUUGUUGCCUCUAGUUCUUCCUUACAAAGGGACACUGCGAAGCUUCAUGCUGCAAAGAUAGCUCUCGAGAAUUUAGGAGACUAUUCAAGAUGCAACAACAAAGAGUUAAAUGCUUACAAAGUAAUUGAUGGUACAAAUGAGAUUGCAGGUGCAAAGCAGAAAUUGCAUGAAAUUUGUUCAAAGAAAAAAUGGCACAACCCCGUUUACAGAGUUGAAGAGGAAAUAAAGCCUUCAAAGGGGAGACGCUAUAUGUGUUCCGUUAAGAUUAAUAUCCGAGAGAAGUUGGUUUCCAAGAUUGGAGAACAUAAGACUAGGAUAAAAGAUGCUGAAAAUUCUGCAGCUUCUUUGAUGAUUCAGAGUUUACAUGAAGAUGGACGCAUAUGAUGCUUUUUUUUUUAUCUUAGACUUCAGAUUUUUUAUUCCAACAUAUGUGAAGUAUUGUGAGACUAUUGGAAUGUUUGUGUUCAUCUGAUUGAUUGUAAUUUUGUUAACUUUGAUUGUAAUUGGUGUUUU